AUGCUUUGCCACGACCAUCUCUUUUGUGUGAUGUUGCUCGGGCAGCUGCUUGUGCUGCCAUUGCUGCAUGCCACACCAGUCUCCAGUCCGGAGAUACCCAACAAAACUUCGAAAUCACCCAACAGCGUCCAGACGCAACAGCAACUACACAAGACCAAUCCCAAUGGCCAGGAGGCGCAUCUCAAUUCGUUAAGCGCCUUUGCCAGCAGCUACGAUAACCUUGGCACGGUUCAAGCUCAGAUGCAGCCGGCAGCUGAAGCGGGCUUCAAGCCAUCCUAUAAGCUGCCCGAAAUGGAGACCAACUUUACACCCAUGCAAAGCGCCACUCUUGGGGAGACCAGCAGCAUUAGCAGCCUGCCCAGCACUCCAAUGCUGAUGCAGUAUCUGCCGGCUCAAACGCUGGAGGAUGGCAGUGGAACUGUUCAGUAUCUACAGCUAAUACCAACGCGCCCCAUCAUCGUGCCCAUCAGUCCCUUCUUACAAGCAGCUGCCUCUGGAGGCACUCCGGCCAAUCAGUCACCCUCCAUAACACCCAACAUUGCCACCGUACCCGAUUAUGGGGCACGCGGAGUUCAACUGAGCGCCCUGCCCGCCAAUACGGGCAUGACAGGCAUACAUUACUCAGCUGCCGGCCUGCAGGGCUACGCCAGUGCCAUCCCUCCGGUUGCAGCCUAUCGCAGCAGCUAUCGCAUCAAUCGCGAGGCCAAGGACAAAAGCUUUCCGGCUGCCUUCAGCCUAAAUCUCAAUGAGUACUUGCCGUCAGUGACAGGUGAUGUCUCGGCAGCGGGAUCAGCCUCGCAUCCGCACACGCAGCUGUAUAUUAGAGCCAGGCCUUAGUAUUAAGGCCGAAAUCACUUUGCGGCCAAG